AUGUGGCAGGUGCACGUAAAGGGAACGUGUUUGAGAGGCCGUCUGAGUAGCGGAGAGGUGACCAAGCGUGGCGUUCCCCGGCGCGACGCCGGCUGCCCCCGGCCCCGCCAGCCCCCGGCCCCGCCAGCCCCGGGCAGCGGCAGCCCCUGCCCGCCUGGGGCCGCUCCGCACCGCCGCAGCCCCGCGCCCUGCCGGGUGCCCCAGGGCCGUCACGGCCGUGCGCUGCCCGGCCAGGCGCGGCUCGUCUCCCGGCCCCGAGCGCCGCCCGCGGGACCCCCGCUGCCGCCCGCGGGGGUUCGACCGGCGGCGCGGCACCGGCCGGCGGCUGCUCCCCGCGGCGACGCAAGGUCAGGCCGUGCGGCGCGACUGCCGAGCGCCUCCCCUCAAGGACUUUCAAAGUUCCUCCAGCGGGUGGGAAACGUCAAACCCGGCGCGGACACCCACAGCCCGGCCGCGCUCUCCGGCCGCCCCCCUCCGCCCAGCAAAACACGCACCGGCCGCGCCACCGCCCCCAGCGCUGCCCCCUGCCCGGGCGUGGCGGGGGCGCCUCGCCCUCCUCACCUUCCCCGAGGGACUCCGGGCUGGCGGGAGCCGAGCGGCACGGAUCCCGGCGCCGCCGAGGGAGGUUGGAACCGGUUUAUCACGUGGAAGAGGUGGACGAGUGGCUCACCUGAAAACCCUCUCUGCAUCAUUACUGUUGCUUGUGCUGUCCAGACUGAAAUUCAUGCAGGUUGCUCAGUCAUAGGGAGUCUGGGGAGAAGCAGUCACAAUUCCACUGCUGAGGACCACCAAGGGAAGAUGACAACACAGAAUAUUCAACAGCUGUAUUAAAGUAUCGUAUGCUUUUUUCUUUAUUAAAUUAGUAUUUCACUAUUUAGCAAAUUUACUUGUCUUUGAAAGUAAAGGCAACCACUGGAAUAAUGAAAACUUUGACCACCCUUGACAGGGUGUCUCUUUGAACUAAGAAGAAAAUAUUAGCUCCUUUUAACGUAGUAUCAGUAGCUUACAUUUUUUUGUAGCUUGUUAAAUCUAGAGUACAUUAAUUAGAAACAAAUCUGUCUAUUGAAGAUCCUGUCUUUUUCUCUUUGGAUUUGGAGAUGAAAUAAGAGUAGGAAAUGUCCAUAAUAUUAGACUGCCUCAGAAAAGCCCUUAAUCUAGAUAAAUCUGUUUAGCCAUAUAAUCUCAGUCCCUUUGCCUGUGUUUCUGAAAAAAGGUGGUCAGUCCCCCCAAACACAAGCACACUAUUAACAACAGCUAGUUGAGACAGGAAGGGAAAAAAAAAAUCAGUGCAAACCUCUAACUAGUUUCUGGCAACAGCGCUAACUGGUCAGGAGCAUCACAAAGGAGUUUCAUGCCAGACAACUGGAACAGGAGAAACAUUAGGGCAGGAAUUACAAAUGGAAGGAAACGUUAGAUUUCAAACAGACACCAGGCAGCAACCCGCCAGUGCCGCAGCCCUCAAGGGUCAGUCCUGCAGAGAAUGAGGACAUCUAAAGAAAACCCAAGGCAACACUGGCUCUCUGUUGUCUGAGAACAUCCACAAUGCCGCCAACGGUACUCCUGCGCAGAAAUAAUGUACACCUGUGAAAAACCACAAAGAGUCGGCAAAUACAGCUCGCGGAUUCGCUCGCUGGCUCGGACAGCAUCUGAAGAAAGAACUAUUUAAAAACACAAGAGGUGGUGUUAUAAUGAGGAAACCAUGGAGAGCAGAAAGCUUAUGAUUAUUGACAGAAGUUGAUUAAGAAGUGGAUUAUUGUCUGUUAGGAUGUUGGAGUAUCUACUGUCAGCUCUAUCCUACGUAUCUUUAUGUAAAUUUCCUUUAAUCGAGGUAUUCAUUUACAAUCACUAUUUUAAUUGGUAAUGUGCUUUAUUUACAUUUGAAAGCAAAAAGAGGAAAAAAAAUUAAACAUGACUGGCUGACCCCUGCCAUGUGACAAAGGCUUUGCUUUUUGUCACUCCGACCCAAACGGAUUAGGGCCAGGAAAUAAAGGUCAGUCUCUUACCAGCA